GAGCAGGUUGACGCCAUGGAUCGGGAUGACGCCAAGUUCAACUCGCUUGGUUGUCAGCGCGGCGGCGACGAGUUCAAGUCAAAAUCUGCCUGGAUUCCCACGUCCUGGGCUGGAGACGACUCCGUGGAUUCGUGCGUUCCCUCCUGGAACGCCCCGGUGGACGUGUGCGAUGCAUCCGUGAAGUAUCCACUCGAUGGACACAAGUACUCACACCUCGGCAGCGCGAUGUUGCGUACAAAGCCCGAGCGUUAGCGACGCUUGUAAAGAAACAGCCACACCAACGUGUUCUUCUCGCCAGGACUCUACGACACAGUCGCAUUCGCGCGCGCGCGACGCGACGCCGCGUCGUCCGUCGCGAUGGAAGAUCUCCAGAAGAACAUCGUGAAAAUUCAGGACGACCUCGACCUCAAGGUGUUUCGCCCGUUGCAGAAGCGCGCGUUCGACGCUUCGUCCAAGUGCUGCGACGGGGACAAAUCGAGGGAAAGCUUUCAGGCGUGUCUCGAACGCGCGGGACAGGCGACAUCGCAGGCGGAGCACGCGGUGAUGCAGACGCUCGGACAGUUUCAGCAACGCGUGCAGCGGUGCGUGGUGCAGUGUCAAGAUAAGGCGCAAUCUAUCGUGGAGGCGAAAGGGGUCGAGAAGGCGCAGGCGCAGAUGGAGAGUUGCGCGAACGACUGCGGCAAGUUCUACGUGAAAGAAUUGAAUUCAAUCGGGGCGAAGUUGAUGAAGGAGCACAAACCGUAG